AUGGAGAACGCCAAUUUAGCAAAUUUUCCACUCGGAGUACCCGUCAAUCAGGCUAAUCAAAUGAAUAGACAAAUUGAUACUUCAAACAACAACAUGAUGAGCCCAUCGGGACAGUCGCCACUUCAACAACAAAUUUUUGGAAGUCCAGUUAACAGGCCACAACAAUUAAACCAAAACCAACAAUUGAAAAAUGUACCUGCAAGCACUAAUAUCAACAACAACGUCCCAUCUGUACCACAAAUGCAAGCAAAUCAAAAAUAUGCAAGUCAAAAUAUAAGCCCACAGCAACAGAUGCUACAGCAGAAGAUAUUACAGCAGAAGAAACAACAACAGGCAAUGAUAAACUAUGAAAACCAAUUCCACCAAAUGUCGAUGACCAUUAAUAAGAAACCAAAAAGGCUCUAUAAUUUCGUCGAGGAUAUAAACUCAAUCUUGCAAAAAUAUAAACAAUACAAGCCAAGUUUUGAAUUCCAUAUAUUCGAAAAUAACUAUAAGAUAUGUGCUCCUGCCAAUACAAGAUUGCAGCAACAACAAAAAUCGCCUGAAUUAAAUAGUGAAGGUUUGAUUCUAACGAAAAAUAAUCCAAUGCUAAAAGAAUUUUUAGAAUAUGUGGCAAGAAGCAGAAUUCCAGAAGCAAUUAUGGAAGUUUUGAAGGAUUGUAACAUUCAAUUUUACGAAGGUAAUUUGAUUCUACAAGUUUACGAUCAUACAAAUACAGUAGAUAUCAAAACAAAAGAAAAUAAAGCAACUGCCAAUACACCAAGUUCAGCCACUCAACCAGAUCAAAAUACAAACGGUCCAGGGAAUAACGUUGAUAACGUAAAAUCUACUACAUCCGUAAAUGCAACAACUGAUAGUACUAAUGACAAUAAUAAUAAAAACAGUAAUGAUAAUAGGACGAAUAUGCAAAAAAUUGACAAUUCUACAACAAUCAAGAGACCUAGAGUGUACAGAACACUGCUGAGGCCAAAUGAUUUGACAACUUAUUGUGAUAUGAUGACAUAUGCUGAUCAGUCAAGGUUCUCAGAUAGUAUAUAUCAACUACUAGAAGCUGAACUUUUGGCUAUAACGAAAAGAAAUAUAUUGUUAGAUGUGCCGUUGAACCCAUAUGGAUAUAAAGAUAACCUCGAAGCUGAUGCAUUUAUUGAACCAAUCAAGGUAAAUGAUGAUCCAAAGGAUGUACGUUUCUGUCACCGUGAAGUUAGUAACAUACCUGGAUCUAAAGGUGUUGUCGGUCAUAUUGAACAAUUCGAAGAGUUACCACAACGUAGUUCUAACUAUGAACAAUUGAUGUUGAUUGCAGCCGAUAGGACCACUUCGUCGACAUUAUCUACUCUAGCUAUUGCAUUGACAAAACAAGCCUUAGGCUCAUCUAAUAAUAAAUCAUCUCUAAAGAAUAAUUCAGCAUUAGAAGAGGAUUAUGUAGAUAAUAAGCUAAAUGGCGAAGCAACUGGUAAAAACUCUAAUAAGGCUAAGAUUGCGGCAGCAGCAGCAAACGCAAACAACCACAAUGAUAAUAAUCAAUUUAGCAGAAUCAAGUUCAUUGAGCAAUGGAAAUUAAAUAAAAAGAAAAUGACUGAGAAUCCUAAGAAUAAUUCAAAACAAAAUUUCUUUAAUAUGAAAAUAUCAAUGACCUCGAACUCAUCUACGAAUAUUCAAAAUAUGAGUGAACAAGAUGGAUAUAAACCUUCCGCUAAACAAGCACAAGGCAAACAAACCAAAGGUAGAGGCGCCGCUAAAAGAGUUGCUAAUUCUACAACUGGUGCCAAUCCAAAAGCUAAAAAGCCUCGUAAAAAUGCUAAGAAAGCUGAUGGCGAAACUCAAGCUAAGAAGAAAAGAGUCACCAAGAAAAAGCAAGCAGCUGGUGCUUCAAAUACCAAAGCAACGAAAGCUAAUAACAAAGCUAAUGCAUCCAACACUAAAACUAAAUAG